GCACAUGCGUGGUGAUGGGUUUGUGGGCCCGGCUGUGAAACGGCGGUUGGUGACACGGGAGAGCAGGAGCUGCAGGGACUCGGUGCAGCAUGAUCCGCAAUGCAGUCAGGAAGGCGUCCGCGGGAGAGCCCAACGGUCUGCCGGGGGGCCUGGAGCCUGGCGGCGGUCGGCAGCAGCAGCAGCAGCAGCAGCUCCAGCUCCGGGGAGAGCCGGCGAGGAAAAGCGGUGUCAGCGGGCGGAGGGAGGAGCAGGAGCGCGAGCGGAGGAGCACCGAGUCCGAGGUGUUUGAUGAUGGGACCAUCACCUUCUUCUGGAGAGCUCACACCUUGACUGUGUUAUUCAUCCUCACUUGUGCACUGGUAUAUGUUACUCUGUUGGAAGAAACUCCACAGGAUACAGCAUAUAAUAUUAAGAGAGGGAUUGUUGCCAGCAUUCUUGUGUUCCUUUGUUUUGGAGUCACUCAAGCAAAAGAUGGGCCUUUUUCCAGACCUCAUCCAGCAUACUGGAGGUUCUGGUUAUGUGUCAGUGUUGUGUACGAACUGUUCCUUAUCUUCAUACUUUUUCAGACUGUUCAGGAUGGUCGCCAAUUCAUGAAGUUUAUAGAUCCUAAACUUGGUGUUCCCUUACCAGAGAGGGACUAUGGUGGGAACUGCCUUAUCUUUGAUCCAGGAAAUAAGACUGACCCAUAUCACAACAUAUGGGAUAAAUUGGAUGGAUUUGUCCCAGCUCAUUUCCUGGGCUGGUAUCUUAAGACACUAAUGAUUCGAGACUGGUGGAUGUGUAUGAUAAUUAGUGUGAUGUUUGAGUUCCUGGAGUACAGUCUGGAGCAUCAGUUACCUAAUUUCAGUGAAUGUUGGUGGGACCAUUGGAUAAUGGAUGUCUUUCUAUGUAAUGGAUUUGGAAUCUAUUGUGCAAUGAAGACACUAGAGUGGCUUUCGAUGAAACCAUAUCACUGGCAAGGACUCUGGAACAUUCACUCUUACAAAGGAAAAAUCAAGCGCAUUGCUUUCCAAUUCACGCCAUACAGCUGGGUGAAGUUUGAAUGGAAACCAGCCUCAAAUCUUCGCAGGUGGCUGGCAGUUUGUGGAAUUAUUUUCAUGUUUUUGCUUGCGGAAUUAAAUACCUUUUACUUGAAAUUUGUCCUCUGGAUGCCCCCUGAACACUACCUGGUCUUACUACGUCUGGUUUUCUUUGUGCACGUAGGAGGUGUAGCAAUGCGUGAGAUUUAUGACUUCAUGGAUGACUUGAAAUUCCAUAAAAAACUUGGUCAGCAGGCUUGGUUGGUAGCUGCAAUCACAGUAACAGAAUUCCUAAUUGUGCUGAAGUAUGACCCUUAUACACUUACACUACCAAUUCCUUUUUACGUCAUCCAGUGUUGGAUCCUUGGAUUUAUACUGGUCCUGACAUGGACAAUAUGGCGUUUCUUUAUACGGAAUAUCACAUUGCGAUGGAAGGAAACAAGACUGCAAAAACAGGAGAACUUGAGUGAAAAAAGAAAAAUGGGCAAUGGGAGUACAAGUCUCUUUAUAAAAAACAAAUAUAAUAGUAAUGACAUUAGGCAAAAGAAAUGUUGAAUGUUAAAAGGUGAAAAGACUGACUACUAUGCACCGAGAAACCAGUUAAUGCUUUGAGCAGCAAUUGCAUUACAGAAGCCCUGUUUCUUCGUUGGGCUUACCGGUACUACUUCAGUUUUUGACUGAAGUAUAUAUUUUAAAGGAAUCUUAAUAACAGUCAUUGGGUGGUUAGUUUAUGUAGACUUUGCAGCACUAACAAAAUUAUCAUAAUUUCAUGAAUUAAAUCUUGCAAUGUAAUCUUGCAAUUUGAUCAAAGUUUCUGACCCCAUUUACCAACUUGUGAUUGUAUGGAUUGGUUCUAAACACCCAAAGGUUUAAAUAAGCUCUGAAAUAGCAUGCUAACAUAGAUUGUGAACUAAUUACUAACUUGGUAAUCUCCUGCCAAGGAUUUAUCUUAUUCCUUUAAGGAAAUUUUGAAGUGGCUAACAAUGUUGAAUUGAGGAGAACAUUCUGGCUUCCAUGCCUAAUAUUGAAAUGUAAAAGCGCAUAAAGAAUUGGUGAAUUGCCACUCUAAACAAGACUACGUUAUUGUGCUUAGCAACUUGUGUAGUAUUGAAUGUUGCUGGUUACAUCUAGUUGUGGAAUUACACUGAAACACCGACCUUUAAUUAUUUUUGGUACAGGCAUCCAGCCUUGGAUCCAUAAUUGUCAUUUGGAUACCUGGCUGUACUAGCACUGCUGGCCAGUGUUUUGUUAGAAAAAUUCUUCAUUAUAAUGAAAAAUACGUUGAGAAUUUUGGCAGAUUUUUUUUAAAUUUGGAAAAGUUUUUGCUUCAUGAAAUUACGAUAUUUGAAUCCUUCAGCAAUAGUGAUCUUGGUUUUGAACUCUUAAAGCCAUAAAUAACUGUCACUUUUCACCCAGGAAUAGGAAAUAAUUGUUUUUAUACUUGGGGCUAAUUUAUAAAACAGGUAGUAUUACUUGAAUUUGUUUUCUUGUAUGCUUAAUUAUGCCAGUUUUUAAGCUCAUAAUUUGACUUUAUCUAAUGGGUACAAGAUAGGGCGAGUUUAGUUCUUUGAACAAAGCAAAAAAAAAAUGUACAGUACUAAAUGUUGAGAUUUAAAUAAUUAUAUUAUAGCUCGGAUGCUAUUCUGUGUUCAAAAUAUUGCUGUUUUUUUGUCAAUGUAAAUCAUAUUUGGUAUUAUAAGCUAAGAUGCCUUGUAAGAGUAGAAAACUGUUGUGAAGAAGCUGGGGCAUGUUCACUUUUGAGCAGUGCUGUUGUGCACAAGAGAUUGUGACCCCCUCCCUCCCCCGCCAUUACUCAAAGGCUGCUGGUGUUCUAUGUUAUAACCAUGAUGGUCCAGUUGAUUUACCUGAAAAUCAAAUAGGUACCCAAAUUUCAGAAGCGAUACCAAGGAUAAUCACUCCAAAGAGCAAUAGGAAUUCAUGUAUUUUCAUGAAAUUCUGAAUCCUGUUUAAACACAACAUCCAGAUCACUUUGCCACAUGUGAGUACUUUGUGUAAAAGUAAUAUCAGAGUGUUAGUUUGCUAAAUUUUAUUUUGAGCUUUUUUUCCUCAAAAUAAAUAUGAUCCUAAGGUAGAGCAUUAUACUUACCUUUUGGAAAGUAUCUAUCUUCCUUCAGUCUCUCUUCUUCAAAAUGAGCUUGUGCUUGAGGUAAUGUAUGAAAUCAUCUUUGCCUGUCCCAUGGCUGAAAAGUAUUCUUUUCCUGAAGUAUAGUCCACACCUUCAUAAUGUAAAGUAGACUCGCUCCUUAAUUGCUGUACUCUGCCUUGAUGUGAGGUAAACUCCGUCUGGUUAUGCAAUUCUUCCCUCAACCUCAGUCCCAGCUAGAACUGUCCACUAGAAGUCCUAAUAAACAACACUGUGUUGUGGAUAGAAAUACUACUGUAGGCUUUGCCUGUGAAAUAUUUCCCACUUGACCUUGCUGUAAGGUUAGUCUACCAUUCGGGUAUUGUUCACCUCAGUAUGCUAUCUAAGUUAGCUUGUCUUCGAGGUACCAAUCGCCUCACUACGCUGUAAAGUUAGCCUUCCCCUAAUAUGUUGCAUAUUUGACCCUGCUGCAAAGUUAGCCUGUCCGUGAGGUAUUACAUAUCUCGUCUUGCUGUAAAAUUAGCCUGUCGUUGAGGUCUUAUAAUCUUGGCCCGCUGUGUAUUUAGCCUGUAUCUGAGGUACUGAUCACCUCACUGCUGUAAAGUUAACCUGUUCCUGGGAUACGGCACUCCUCACUUUGCUGUGAGGCUAUUUUGCUUUUAUAUUAAUUGGAAUGUGCUAGUAGACUCUGAAUGUAACCAGCAUCAGUUCCCAAUUCUCAGGAAAUCCACGUUUUUUCUUUCUAAACCUUUGGUGAUUGUAUUUACAUAUUGGUUGAAUUUUGAGUGUGCUUGGAUUUACAAUGUGCAAGAAACUUUAGAUUGCAGUUUAAGUUGACUUAUGUUUACAUUAACUCUGAGCACUGAACAUUUCUAAUUGGAAAGUCUGUUGGAUUUGGAUGAAUUGUAAGUGUCCAUUAUGAAACUAGGUCUGAGAAAUUUGCAAAUUUAAUUCCAUUGCACUAAGUAUAUCUUGAUGAUUUCUAAUACAAAGUGACCUUUGUGUUAUUCAAAGAGCUGAUGUAUUUCUGGUGCAUGGGAAUUUAGAGAAAUCAUUUUCAUUGGGAGUGGAGUGUGAUUCGAAAUAGUUGGGACCAUUCUUUCAGAUAUAUAGUGAUGGUUGAAAUUGAGGGUUUGUAAAGCGUGAAAUAGGCUUAACUUAAUGAUUUGGGACUAAACAUCUGUAGUUUUGAAGUUUUCUUGUUAUUGAGGAUAAAAAUUCAUUCCACAAGAGAAAUAUUCAGAUUAGUGUUCACCGUUAGAACACUUUGAUUUCCUGUUAUGUUAAACAACAUUGGGAAUGCAUUUAGAAUGUGUUCUUGAGUUAUAAGGGGCCAGUGUCUUGAAAUCACUGGUUGUCAUCAGAUACUUGCUUCAGCACAGUUUACUGGAAUAAUGGGUAUGGGGUGGAUAAAAUGCCCCGUGCAAGGCUUGCACGCUUUCUUUAUUACAAGCCUCGAGAGCACUUUUGUCUCCAGUAAUCAACAGAUGUAUGCAAUUAUGUACAUUUAUGUACAAUGCUAUUAUCAAAAGGUUUAACAACCUGCUCUACUGAGCCCAUAUUUGUGACUGAAGCAAUAUUGAACACAAUGUGCAUGCCAAGGGAUUCAGUCAUUGCCAGGGGCUGGAUAAAGUGCCUAAAGUUAGCUGCUAGCCCCCUCUUAUUGGUAGUUAAAACACACUUUCAAUUCUUCUAAUGGUAUAUGACUACAUCUCACCCAUUCACUAAACUUCACAAUAUAAUACAUAGUUACAAUACAAAUCAAUAAAAAACCUUUUAAAGGAUUUUGAGGUGCAAACAAAGAAUCCUAGCCCUUGCUUUAUUCUCAUUGUUUAUACGAUCUGUAACAUCAUUAUGACCUAAUAGAAUCUUUUGUAAUGUGGAUAGUUUUAUGAUUUAUUUUUGCAUAAUGAUGCUCAUCUUGACCAGGCAUGUUUCUGAGGAAUUGAUUGUGGCAAUAUGUUCUCAAUAAACUGGAAAACACAA